CAUAAGUAUAUCGUCAAAAAGAAAAAGAAAAAAACAGCAACCUCAUCUUUCACGGUCAACGCAAAAUUGGUCGAAAAAAUAACAAACACAUGCAAAUUAAUAAUCUGAUUCUCAUAAAUCCGAUGACCUCUUCUCCCAACAGUCCCACUUCAUUCUCUCCCCGCCACCACCACAACCACCACCACCGCCAUGCCGACUCCAAUCCCCUCCUCCCCUCGUCCUCCGCGCCGCUACCGAUCCCGCCCCACGUCGCCCACGAAUCAAGCAUUCUCCUCCACAGCGUGGAGAUCGAGAGCAGCGACUCCCCCGGCGUGGCGGUGCCGCCGUUCUCGUGGAAGAAGCUCUGGAAAUUCACCGGUCCCGGGUUCCUGAUGAGCGUUGCCUUCCUCGAUCCCGGAAACCUGGAGGGCGAUCUCCAAUCCGGCGCCAUCGCCGGCUAUUCGCUGCUAUGGUUGUUGCUGUGGGCCACGCUCAUGGGCCUUCUCAUCCAGCUGCUCGCUCUCCGCCUCGGCGUCGCCACCGGCCGCCACCUCGCCGAGAUUUGCAGGCAGGAGUAUCCUUUUUGGGCCGGCCUCAUGCUGUGGUUCAUGGCGGAGCUGGCGCUCAUCGCUGCCGAUAUUCAAGAGGUCAUCGGCAGCGCCAUUGCCAUCAAGAUUCUCAGCAAUGGCUUCUUUCCUCUCUGGGCUGGUGUCAUCAUAACUGCUUCUGAUUGUUUCAUCUUCUUAUUCCUUGAGAACUACGGAAUCAGAAAGCUGGAAGCCUUUUUCGGAGUUCUUAUCACAAGCAUGGCCAUCUCUUUCGCAUGGAUGUUUGUGGAUGCAAAACCCGGCGGCAAAGAACUCUUAGACGGAAUACUGGUACCUAGGCUUAAUGCAGAGACAAUUCCGAAAGCAGUGGGAGUGAUAGGGUGCGUGAUAACUCCAUACAACGUGUUCCUCUACUCCGCCCUAGUCCAGUCCAGAAAAAUCGACCUAAAGAAGAAAGGGAGAGUUCAAGAGGCUCUCAACUACUACACCAUCGAGUCAUUCGUCGCCGUCUUCAUCUCCUUCUUCAUCAACCUCUUUGUCACGGCCGUCUUCGCCAAGGGCUUCUAUGGGACCCCGCUGGCCCACAAUCUCGGCCUCGUCAACGCCGGCGAUUAUCUGGAGCGCAGAUACGGCGGCGGCCUGCUGCCCAUCCUCUACAUUUGGGGGAUAGGGCUGCUGGCGGCUGGGCAGAGCAGCACCAUCACGGGCACCUACGCCGGCCAGUUCAUCAUGGGCGGCUUCCUGGACCUCCCCAUCAAGAAGUGGCUGAGAUCGGUGAUCACCAGGAGCUGCGCCAUCCUGCCCACGGUGCUCGUGGCGGUGCUGUUCAAUAGAUCGGAGGAGCUGUUUGAUGAGCUCAAUGAAUGGCUCAAUGUGCUUCAGGCCUUGCAGAUUCCGUUUGCGGUCAUUCCGCUGCUGCAUUUAGUCUCCGAUGAGCACAUUAUGGGGAGCUUUGUUGUUGGAACUACUAUUGAGAGGAUAUCAUGGUGCGUGGCUGGAAUCGUGAUAGCCAUAAAUGGAUAUGUAUUGGUAGACUUUUUCAUAUCACAAGUUCAUGGCUUCAUGUAUGGAACGCUGGUGUGUUUGGUAGCAGCUUCUUACACAGCUUUCCUUUUCUAUCUCAUUUUACGCCGCACUCUCCUCAUCACACCACGCUUUCAUGGGUUUCAUUUCUUACCUCAAUAAUUAAACCAAUAACUUCAACUCUAACACCAGAUUACAUAUAUGUAUAUUAAUUAAUUGCCGAUUCAUGCAUUCUAUUAUUAUACACUACAGUGUUUUCUUCGUCAACUAGUUUAUGUAAAUUUUAUAUAUGAUUUGAUUAGUAUACUUUGUAAGAUGUGUUGUAUGUGUAACUGGUAGUGCAUAUCAAAAUCUCUUGAUGUAAUUAAUUAAUUCCUUUAUUUUGAAUGA